CGGUACGGCUCGAAAGUAGAAAAAAUUUCAAUCGAAAACCUUAUGCUGAAUGGUACAGACAAACACGCUCCUCUGUGCCGUCCGCGCGUAGUGUGAUGAGUGAACACAUAGUUAGCUGCCCUUAGCACGUUUGCUUCAUCUUUUCGCCUUCGCCGUAACAUAAGUUUAACGUGGUUCCUUCAGCAAAAGGCAUAACAGAUCCGUGUUUUCGCGGGUGUGUGAAUGUGGUACGUAACGCGUGCGGGUCCCAAAAACGUAGUGUGCUGAGCGCCACUCGUUCCGUGCUAGAGUGCAAAAGUGAAGUGUGGUGCAAUCGUUAAUACCGGCGUGAGGGACAUAUUGCAAACAAAAAUUCCCUCCCAACCCCAAAAAUCAACCAUCGGGCCUUUUUGCACGUUAAUUCAUCGCUACGCUUUGAUCCCGUUUUCGUUGCCACAGGAUGAAGAAUCCUUACCGUGUGUCUAGCGCCAUGGCCGGAUGGCUGGUGCUAGGCCUUUCAUCAUGCUGCCUUGGUUAUGUCAUAGCCACCGAAUGGGCGGCUGCAGUGACAACGGACAAUGGCAUUCUGUUUUUCGAUUCAAACUGGCGCAAGAUUUCUUCCGCUGCCCAUCAGUACAGCCGUAUUUCGGCGUUCGCGUACGAUGAGGUACUUGGCAAGCUGUACUUUACCGAUCUCGACCAUCCCGAGUAUCGGCUGUUUGCGCUCGAUUACGACGAUGCGGACGAGCUGCACAAGGUAACCAAACUAAUGCCCAAAUCGCCCGAAACGGCCUACGUCAGUGGUAUGGCAUUCGAUCAUCUGGAGCGUCGAUUGUACUGGACGGAGAAGGGUACUCGAUCGAUUUAUUUCGUUGAGAUUGAUGCGCUGCUUUCUUCCUUACGUUCCGGAGGAAACGUGUUGAACGAAACGGGUACGACGAUCGCACCGACGACAGGUACGGGCGAUUCUGUCGGAUCGCCCUCGUCGCUAGUACACCAUGUCACGACGGUGGAACCAGAUCAUGAGCUGGCAGGAUUAGCGAUCGACGAAUGCCGUAGGCAUCUUUACUGGACGAAUUGCUACCCGAAAACAUCCAACAUUGUACGCGCAUCGAUGAACGGCACCGUGCUGAACGUGCACGAAGAGCAAGUAUACCUGCCGAAAGGUAUCACGGUGGACCACUACCGCAACCGUCUGUACUGGGUGGAGAAGAAAUACGGCCGACGGUACACGAUCGAGAGCGCCAACCUGGAGGUGAACGAUCAGCGCACCCUGCAGACCGGGCUCGAUCGAUUGCCGGCAGACAUAGCGGUGAAGAAUGAUUUCAUCUACUGGACCGAUCAGGAAAAUAAUGAAAUUUACGAAAUGUCCAAAGAGCCGGACGCUAAAUCCCGUACCGUGUACCGGGGAGAACAUCCGUCCGCAGUGAUUCUGCGCGCAAAUCUGCUGCUGGAACACCAGCGCAACAACCCCGAUUGCCAGUCGGUGGUCAAUCGCAUUCUGGAGAACAUGCAAAACGCUAAACCGGCCGCGGUGUUGCAGCAAGAAUCGCAACAGGGUCAGCUGACCGUGUGCCUUAACAAUGGCACGGUUAAUCACCACACGAACACGUGCCUCUGUCCACCGGCGUUCGGUGGCAAGCUGUGCGAGAUAGACCUUUGCAAUAAUUUCUGCGCCCAGGGUAGCUGCCGUAUCGGGCGUGAUAAUCAACCGCUGUGUGAUUGUGACCGGCGGUACGAAGGUGAACGGUGCGACCGGAAUCGGUGCGAUGGGUUCUGUCUGAAUGGUGGUCGGUGUCAGUUUAGUAACGCCACGGUUGAUGCGAACGAUCGCACCUGUUUGUGCGAUCGCACCGGGUAUAGUGGAGCACGGUGCGAGAAUCCAAUCUGUGGGACGGAUUAUUGCUAUAAUGGUGAGUGCUAUGUGGAGGAUGGAAAGUAUCCCAAAUGCCGUUGCAAGGUGGGCUAUCGAGGUGAGCGGUGUGAGGAGUAUAGCUGUAACAACUACUGUCUGAAUGGGGGCCACUGUACGCUUGGUAAUGAAACGACUGUACCCGAGUGUCAAUGCGGGGAAGAGUUUGCCGGCAAAAGGUGUGAAAUUGCAGUCCGGCUGUGUAAUACCUACAACGAAGAUCCACAAUGGCAGCAGUACUGUUUGGGCAUUUCCAAGACAUUGCCACUAAUGGAACCAAAGGUAACAUACUGCAAGGAAUCGUUCAAUCGGACCGUAGUUUACACGUCGCUUUGCUUCACCGUGUCAUUCGCGUUGCUGCUAGCGAUCGUGAUCAUUGUACACCGGAUGAUGAAACCACCGAGGCCACGCAUCACCAAGAAGAUGGUGGUCACGCCAAUGACCUCCCGGCCACCAACGACACAGUGCGAAAUCACAAUAGAAAACUGUUGCAACAUGAACGUGUGCGAGACGCCGUGUUUCGAUACUAAGCUGCUUAAAAAAUCACAAAAAGAGGACAAACAAUUUCUGCUAGAAGACAUCGAGGACGUUGGUGGAUCCUAUCGGAAGUUACCGAACUGCGGUGACGCAGCGUUGCACGAGCGUAAAUGAGGACUGAUGACACUCGGUGGUAGACUAAUGAUUGCCUUCGCACGCCUGCCAACAGACUGGUGGUCGACGCUGCUCGGUACAAACAGUGUAGUGGCCACCAGGAGUAAGUCCGAUUGAUCGACGUUUAGAGCCUUAUCUGUACAUUGCGCGUGACAUGUACGCUGCCACACUACUGCCCUGUUUCCGGUAGUGCAGGGAAUCAACGUUAUCAGUUUCCUUGGUGGAAAAUUGUCUGGCCAUGUGUUAGCAUCUGAAAGACAGUAACAGUGCACCAGGUGGAACAGGUGUUUUAGAUUACCAACCGGGAGGCCAACCAGGUGGUGUUGUUCGUUAUGUUGCAGCACUGCAAUAAAGACACAGCCAUUGUCACAGCCAAGUGUGGAAGCCUGAGCUGUAUUUUUGUAGCUCAUUCAAGUGCAGCUAGAGUGCAUUCAUCUGCUAGUGGAAGGUCAACUGCGAACGAAUCCGAGUAAUGACAAAGCACGUGCUUUUUUGGUAGUUUACCAUAGCGCAAAAUAGUACAAAAUAUCUGAUCAUUUCACCGACAAAAAAAAAACAAAACCAAAACAGAACGAAACAAACUACAAAGACAGCAACGUCACGCAAAGCAAGAGAAACUUCACAGUAGAUGAACGCAAUCGAUUCGGUAGUGAUAAGAAGGCAACCCCAAGUUCCUGUAUUUGUGUAAAAACACCUUAGAAGAAUAGAACCCAUACCCGGCAUGCCAUAUUCUUCUAUUGCUCAUUCUGUAGUUUAUUUCUUUUCAUCCACGAGACUAGGACAGCAGCGAAGCGUUGUUGGUGCUUAAAUCACAAAUAAGCUUCAACAGUGUUUUGGUCUCGCCGUAGCUACGGUUAAUCAUGUGUAAGCCUUAUGCGGAGAGUCAAAGAAAUGUUACGUACAUUAGUGUAAAUCUUACAUAGCUGUGAAUUGGUGCACUCGCAAACUUAACCGUUUUCCGCCGGUGUGGUUUGAACAUGAUAGGAAUGAUGUUAAAAAUCACUUGCCGCUUCUUCAUCUUUCAUUCAUGCUUUUGUUCGUUUUCCCUCGCUUCCAUUACGACCUCGUUUUUGCUUUAGUUUAAUUUAUUUAAUUAUAAAAACUAGGGGCUUCCAGGUGGCAAAAAAAACUUCUUCAUGCAGGUGGUUUUGUUACACACUCACACCAAAGUGACACACAAACUCACAGCCAUAGGGAGUGUCCGUUUGAGCAGAAUGGUUAUUAACGUCCUAGACGGGAAGAAAUGUUAUCCUGCAAAACGGUCGGUAGAACCCCUCUGCAAUAGGAAAGAAUAGAAUAAAACAAAUCCGCAGAAUAAACAAAAAUCCAAGCGAAAGAAAUGAAACAGAUCUAACGCCAGGCGUUGCCUCAAUAUAUCGGAAUUGUUAACUUAGCAAAGUAGUAGUGCUUACGUGCAACACUUAAACGAUUGUAACUUAAAAUGAUCAUAGGAAAUGUGAUUGAAAGGGAAGGGCAAACCAGAGGUCUAAUAUCCACAUGAGAAUAUGUGAUAUUAGAUAAGUUUAUAGUUCAAAGUGAACAACUUUAUAGGUGUAUAUUGAAGGAAGCAACAUUAGUAGCAAUAUUUUCAACAAAGACUUAUUUUAGAUAAAAAAAAUACAACGAA